GACUCGCUGAAAGCGACCUUCUACACUCACCGCCAUCACACUCUUAACGUAAAAACAAAACUCAAAGUAUGCUCCAGACCAGUCGACAGCGGGUGGCUCCGCUCCUCUCUCCCUAUUUAUCUUCUCGAAGUCCACAUUUUCCUCUCCCAUAAAUUCCCAUUCCCCCUCCCCCGCGCCUUCUCAUGGCUCUGCAGUCCCUCUCCCCCGCUCCUCCCCUUCCCUCCAGGCCGAGCUCCGUGCUCUCUUCUAAAUCCAAUGGAUUCUUGUUCGCUGAUUUCGUCGGUUUGUAUUGUAAAUCCAAGACUGGAAAACGGAGAGUCGGUGUCUCGUCCAAUGCGCGGAGUUCUUCGCGGUUUUGGAGUAACGGUCUCACGGUUAGAGCGGUUCUUGAUCUUCAGCGUGUUAAUUCUGCUUCCGAUCGUCACUCACCGGCCGACUGUCUACCUAAGGUUGCUAACUUGGAUGAUAUAAUAUCAGAAAGAGGAGCAUGCGGGGUUGGAUUCAUUGCCAAUCUAGAUAAUAUAGCAUCUCAUCAAAUUGUUAAAGAUGCUCUUUCAGCCCUUGGCUGCAUGGAGCAUAGAGGGGGCUGUGGAGCCGAUCACAAUUCUGGUGAUGGUUCUGGAUUGAUGUCUUCUAUCCCAUGGGAGCUUUUUAACAAUUGGGCUAAAAAGCAAGGGCUUGCAUACUUUGAUCAGUUGCACACUGGUGUUGGCAUGGUUUUCCUUCCUCAAGAUGAUAGCCUUAUGAUAGAGGCCAAGAAAGUUAUUGAAAGUACUUUUAGACAAGAAGGUCUUGAGGUGCUUGGCUGGAGGAGUGUUCCUGUAAAUACAUCUGUAGUUGGUUUCUAUGCAAAAGAAACCAUGCCCAACAUACAACAGGUGUUCGUUAGAGUUGUUAAGGGAGAGAAUGUUGACGAUAUUGAGCGAGAACUGUACAUCUGCAGGAAAUUGAUUGAAAAAGCAGCAACCUCUGAGAGUUGGGGAGGGGAGUUUUAUUUCUGUUCAUUGUCCAACCAAACGAUUGUUUAUAAAGGCAUGCUUCGUUCGGAAGUUCUUGGAUUAUUUUAUUCUGACCUACAGAGUGAUCUUUAUAAGUCCCCAUUUGCUAUUUAUCACCGGAGAUAUAGCACAAAUACCAGUCCCAGAUGGCCUCUUGCUCAACCAAUGAGGUUCCUUGGGCAUAAUGGAGAAAUAAAUACCAUACAGGGUAACUUGAAUUGGAUGCAAUCUCGAGAAACCUCAUUGAAGUCCCCUGUUUGGCAUGGUCGGGAGAAUGAAAUUCGCCCAUUUGGUAACCCAAAGGCAUCUGACUCAGCAAAUCUUGAUAGUGCAGCAGAGCUAUUAAUUAGAAGUGGCCGUACUCCUGAUGAGGCUUUAAUGAUUCUGGUCCCAGAAGCAUACAAGAAUCAUCCAACAUUGAUGCUUAGAUAUCCUGAGGUUGUAGAUUUUUAUGAUUAUUACAAGGGUCAGAUGGAAGCUUGGGAUGGACCUGCCUUACUUCUUUUCAGUGAUGGAAAAACAGUUGGGGCUUGCCUUGAUCGGAAUGGACUUCGACCUGCUAGGUAUUGGCGGACAAUUGACAAUGUUGUCUAUGUUGCAUCCGAGGUUGGUGUUGUACCAGUGGAUGAUUCUAAGGUUAUCAUGAAAGGCCGCCUAGGUCCUGGCAUGAUGAUAACUGUUGACUUACUAAGUGGUCAGGUGUAUGAGAAUACAGAUGUUAAAAAGCGUGUAGCUGGUCUAAAUCCAUAUGGAAAAUGGAUCAAAGAAAACAUGAGAUCCUUGAACCCUGUAAAUUUUCUCUCAGGAACAGUUACAGAAAAUGAGGGAAUCUUAAGACGACAACAGGCAUUUGGCUAUUCUAGUGAGGAUGUUGAAAUGGUUAUUGAGACAAUGGCUGCACAAGGAAAGGAGCCUACAUUCUGCAUGGGAGAUGAUAUUCCAUUAGCAAUACUGUCACAGAAACCACAUUUGCUUUAUGAUUAUUUUAAGCAGCGUUUUGCACAGGUCACAAAUCCAGCAAUUGAUCCACUUCGAGAAGGAUUAGUUAUGUCUCUUGAAGUCAAUAUUGGAAAACGAGGAAAUAUAUUAGAGGUUGGGCCUGAAAAUGCUUCACAGGUUACUUUAUCCAGUCCUGUACUAAAUGAAGGGCAGCUUGAGUCAUUAGUAAAGGAUACCAAACUGAAGGCCAAAGUUCUACCAACUCUUUUUGAUAUACGUAAAGGGAUAGAAGGUUCUUUGGAACAGACACUUAACAGACUUUGUGAAGCUGCAGAUGAAGCUGUUCGUAGUGGUUCAGAGCUUCUUGUUCUCUCUGAUUGCUCUGAUGAGCUGGAGCCAACACGACCUGCAAUUCCAAUACUUCUUGCUGUUGGUGCUGUUCACCAGCAUCUUAUUCAAAAUGGCUUGCGAAUGUCUGCUUCCAUAGUUGCAGAUACAGCUCAGUGCUUCAGCACACAUCACUUUGCAUGUUUAAUUGGAUAUGGGGCAAGUGCUGUAUGCCCACACUUGGCACUCGAAACAUGCCGGCAGUGGCGACUGAGUACUAAAACGGUGAACCUCAUGCGGAAUGGAAAGAUGCCUACUGUGACAAUUGAGCAGGCUCAAAAGAACUACUGCAAGGCAAUUAAAGCUGGUCUACUCAAAAUCCUUUCUAAGGUGGGCAUCUCUUUGCUCUCAAGUUACUGUGGUGCACAGAUAUUUGAGGUUUACGGACUAGGGAAGGAGAUUGUUGAUUUUGCAUUUUGUGGGAGUGUAUCAAAUAUUGGUGGAUUAACAUUUGAUGAGUUGGCAAGGGAGACUUUGUCAUUCUGGGUAAAGGCUUUCUCCGAAGAUACAGCUAAAAGAUUGGAAAAUUUUGGAUUUAUACAGUUCAGACCUGGAGGGGAAUAUCAUGGAAACAACCCUGAGAUGUCAAAAUUGCUCCACAAAGCUGUUCGCCAGAAGAGUGAGAGUGCAUUUUCAGUUUAUCAACAGCACCUGGCUAACCGUCCAGUGAAUGUUCUUCGUGAUCUUCUUGAGUUCAAAAGUGAUCGAGCACCGAUUCCUGUUGGAAAGGUUGAACCAGCUUCAUCUAUAGUGCAACGGUUUUGCACUGGGGGAAUGUCGCUAGGUGCUAUAUCAAGGGAAACUCAUGAAGCAAUUGCCAUUGCUAUGAACAGAUUAGGUGGAAAGUCUAAUUCAGGAGAAGGUGGUGAGGAUCCUAUCCGCUGGAGCCCACUUACAGAUGUUGUUGAUGGCUACUCUCCAACACUACCACAUCUCAAAGGUCUUCAAAAUGGUGAUACUGCUACAAGUGCUAUAAAGCAGGUUGCUUCUGGUCGUUUUGGAGUCACUCCAACAUUCUUGGUCAAUGCUGAUCAGUUGGAAAUCAAAAUUGCACAAGGUGCAAAGCCUGGUGAAGGAGGUCAACUGCCUGGAAAAAAAGUUAGUGCAUAUAUUGCAAGGUUGAGAAAUUCUAAACCAGGAGUUCCACUUAUAUCUCCACCUCCACACCAUGACAUAUAUUCAAUUGAGGAUCUUGCCCAGCUGAUCUUUGACCUUCAUCAGGUCAACCCUAAGGCUAAGGUGUCUGUCAAGCUUGUGGCAGAAGCUGGAAUAGGAACAGUUGCUUCUGGAGUUGCAAAGGGUAAUGCAGAUAUCAUACAGAUAUCAGGACAUGAUGGUGGAACUGGAGCCAGCCCCAUAAGUUCUAUUAAGCAUGCUGGAGGUCCUUGGGAACUUGGACUUACAGAAACCCAUCAGACUCUUAUUGAAAAUGGGCUAAGAGAAAGAGUAAUUCUCAGAGUUGAUGGUGGUUUUAAAAGUGGAGUGGAUGUCCUAAUGGCUGCAGCAAUGGGUGCUGAUGAAUAUGGAUUUGGUUCUGUGGCAAUGAUUGCCACUGGGUGUGUAAUGGCGCGCAUUUGUCACACAAAUAAUUGCCCAGUUGGUGUUGCCAGUCAGCGAGAAGAACUGCGUGCUCGAUUUCCCGGUGUGCCUGGUGACCUUGUGAAUUACUUUCUUUAUGUUGCUGAGGAGGUUAGAGGCAUUUUAGCACAACUUGGCUAUGAGAAGUUGGAUGACAUAAUUGGACAAACAGAGUUAUUAAGACCACGGGACAUCUCGCUGGUGAAAACUCAGCAUCUUGAUCUGGGUUACAUUCUUUCGAGUGUUGGGCAACCAAAAUGGAGAAGCACUGCCAUCAGGAAUCAGGAAGUGCAUACUAAUGGUCCUGUUCUGGAUGAUAAUUUACUUGUGGAUCCAGAGAUAUCAGAUGCUAUUGAAAAUGAAAAGGUGGUUACUAAAACUGUAAAGAUCUACAAUGUAGACCGUGCUGUUUGUGGUCGUGUGGCAGGUGUGGUUGCCAAGAAAUAUGGUGACACAGGUUUUGCUGGGCAGCUUAAUAUAACAUUUACUGGUAGUGCUGGGCAGUCAUUUGCAUGCUUUCUGACACCAGGAAUGAACAUUCGGCUUGUAGGAGAGGCUAAUGAUUAUGUGGGAAAGGGUAUGGCUGGAGGUGAGUUGGUUGUAACUUCAGUUGAGAACACUGGGUUUUGCCCUGAGGAUGCCACCAUAGUUGGAAACACAUGUUUGUACGGGGCAACUGGUGGUCAGGUCUUUGUUAGAGGGAAAGCUGGAGAACGGUUUGCUGUCAGAAAUUCACUUGCUCAGGCAGUAGUUGAAGGAACUGGAGAUCAUUGCUGUGAAUAUAUGACUGGAGGUUGUGUGGUUGUACUCGGAAAAGUGGGUAGAAAUGUUGCUGCCGGCAUGACAGGAGGUUUGGCAUACAUUCUUGAUGAGGACGAUACUCUUACACCCAAGGUAAAUAAGGAAAUUGUGAAGAUUCAAAGGGUUACUGCGCCUGUUGGACAGAUGCAGCUGAAGAACCUUAUUGAGGCCCAUGUUGUAAGUUCCAAAAAUGAUUAUCAUCAUUCACGGCCACAUGACAAGCAGAUGCAUACCUCUUAACAAUGCAUCCAGAUUGAUGCGCAUGGACAUGCCAUAUAACACAAUGCAUAGGUGCAUGCAUAUACCACAUGAUGCUACAUUUAGAUUUUAAAAAAUAUGUUACUGUACUAGCUCUGCAGCUAUUACUGAGUUGAUCUUUGGGGUUUUGUGACUACUUGCUGACUUUUUGUUUGUUCUCAUUAUAUACACUUUUGGAGCUAUUCCCAACUUCAACUAACUCAUCAUUGUUGCAUAACCAUAUGUGGCUGUAUUUAUCAUGAUCUCGUAUCUCUAAAAUACCUCUUUUACAAAGCAAAAAACUGGGAGUGGCAAAGGGCGUGCUAUUUUGGAGGAUUGGGACAAGUAUCUACCUCUGUUUUGGCAGCUGGUUCCACCAAGUGAAGAGGAUACGCCAGAGGCUUCAGCGGAAUAUCAGAGUACAGCUACCGGGCAGGUGACACUGCAAUCUGCAUAAGAUAAAAUUGUGAAAUGUAUUCCGCCAACACAUUAUUUCUGCCCAAGGUGUGACCUGUGUACAGCUAAAACAUGAAGGAGAUGAAGCGAUGAAGCUUUGCAAAAGUUUGGUAAUGGAAGAUGGAUUAUCAAGCCCGCUGGUUUAUCCAUCAGUAGCUUGCAUCUUCCGAGUGCUACAAAAGUUGUAUAGCCUUCUGUUUCUUCAAUGUUAUAGAUUGUAACAACAAAUUGUAGUGGCAUGCUAUUGGAAAUUAUGGCUUUCUAUUCGUCUACUUAACAUUGGAAUGUAUUUUUCAUCUUUUAAAGGAUGAGAUUGUGAUCAAAUUCAAUUGAGU